UCUUUUGGUCUUGUUAUUCGCAUUGUUCGGAAAAUUAUGUAAAAAUACGGCGAAGUGCGGACAAUUUUUUAACUCGGAUUUUACGGACUACAUCGGCUUCCGGCACACGCCAGUCUGAGCUCAACAACAAAAUGUUUCAGCUGGUCUAACCCAACAAGGAAUUUUUGUUUUCUAUUCAAAUUUGGUUCUAAAGUAAACAUCUCUGCUGGAGCAUGUUGCUGUACAAUGGCCUCCUGGUACCGGGCAAGCUACUGCUAGGUGAAAUAAACAGCGGUCCGCUACUGUCGACAAUAGCAGCACAUCUGCGGCAGUAUCGCCGGGCCCCGGUGCAAUUGCUUUUCAGUCCAACAAAAAAGUACCACUAUCACCAAAAUUUACCUUCCGUUCAGGGUGAUCAGAGGCUCGGACCCACCCGCAAUAUUUUGGGGCCAGCUUUCUACAAGUGCUAUUCGUCUUCAUUGAAGAAAGAAGAAGGUUUUCAGAUCAAAUCUGUCGAAGGAAGCGAAAUAAUCCAAAAUGUGCUCCAGAAGAAUAAGCAAUUGCUGAAAGAUAAGAAAGAUGUGCUGAUUCAUGAUAUUCGAACGCGCAAGGAUAAAGUUAAAGAGCGAGUAGAAGAGGUCAUCGAACGGGAGAAUGUCGCUACAAUUCCAAAUUUCCUCUGCAUCGGUCGAAUCAUCAUGUCUCCCUAUCUGGGGUAUGUGAUAGUACAGUCUGACUUUUCGCUUGCCAUGGGAAUGUUGGUGGUAGCAGGGUUAACGGAUCUGGCCGACGGUUUUAUUGCACGACACUGGCCAAGCCAAGCAAGCCGAUUGGGUUCCUUCCUGGAUCCACUGGCAGACAAAAUCUUGCUCGGGACGCUGGUAGUUUCGAUGAGCUACGUGGAUUUGUUACCCCUGUGGCUGUCGGGAAUGAUCAUUUUCCGCGAUGUGUUCUUGAUCGCGGCCGGUUUUGUUAUUCGGUACAUCAGCCUACCUCAGCCGCGCACUCUUUCGCGGUACUUUGACGUGACGCACGCCACCGCUCAGCUGGAGCCUACCUUCGUGAGCAAAGUCAACACUGCCGUUCAGUUGGCCACAGUUGCCAUCACCCUGGGGGCACCCGUUUGGAACUAUCUGGAUCAUCCGUACUUGCACGCCCUGUGGUAUCUGACGGGUGCGACAACGGUGGCCGCCGCCUUGAGCUAUAUCCUUAACAAAGAUACAUACAAAAUUUUGAAGAAACAACAGCACGAGCAACAGCAAAAACAACAUCAAUCGGCAAAGAAUUCGUUGAAAAAAUAAAACCGGACCAUCUGUCCUGAGCAUCAAAUGUACAUUAACGAUCGGUGAAAAUAAAGUUAUUAUUCAAUCGAAAAUUAUAGCUAAGUCAGAUACCGAAUUGAA